GUGCAUUCUCUGGCCCGAUUCAAGACCGCCGAAAGUCAACGCCCACCGGUCGAAUAUCAUGCCGCCAAAUCUCCUCUUCUUCUAAACCUCUGUGUGCAGUCGAACCUUCUCUCCUGAGCCCCAAUCCAGAUCGUGUUUGCGACGCGCCACUGACGACAUGGCGGAAGAGAAUGCGCCGAUAAAUACCAUGGGAGAAGAGGACACACCCAGGAUGGAGGACGAGGAGGGCAUGCCCGCGCAGGCGGGGGAACAAGAAGAUACGCCUAUGAGAACAGAAGAGGAUGAGCAGACACCUAUGCGGACGGAGGAUGACGAAGAUUCUGGCUCUGGAUCUGGCAGUGACAGCGAGAGUGAAGAGGAGCAGGUCGAAUGGCUAGCCACAACACGAGAGAAGCGCGCAACUGCUGGGAACCGACUGGCGAGUCUCCUUCAACAAGAAGAACCCGACGACGAACUCGAGUUACUGUUCGAGGAACCCGAGGAUGAUAUCGGCUUCGAAGAUGCGGGGGCGGACUCUGAUGUCCAGAUGGACUCUUCCUCAGACGAUGAAGACCAAGGACCUGCAGCAGGAGACGAUGAUCUGGAUGGGGAGAAGGCGAUACAGAAACAGGAGCGGGCAGAACGGCAAGCGAAGAAGCGGAAAUUGGCACAGGUUCCUGGAAUCAAGAGAAAGAAGGUUAAGAUUGAUCCUCGAAGUCCAUUAAAGCCUGCCCCUCGACCGAAGAAGAAAUCCGAACGGGCAUCAUGGCUGCCAACCGCUGAAGAAGCACCGACUCGAGCUUCAGCGCGGAAGACUACAAAGUUGAGCAAGGAGCAGUUGCAUCAGCAGAUGUUGGAGAGGGAGAUUAAGAGAUUGAGACAACUUGCGAGAAUGGAGAAGGCUGCGGCUGCGAAAGAGGCCGCGAAGAAGCCUGAGAUGACACAAGCGGAUAGAUUGGCAGAAGCUGCGAGGAUCGAGAAGAGUAAUGUUAGGACUGUCAGUAGAUGGGAGGAGGCAGAGCAGCAGAGGGAGCAAGCGCAGCUGGAGAAGCUGGCAGCGCUGCAGAAUAGGCAUUUGGAAGGACCGGUGGUGACAUAUUGGAGUGGGAUGGGGGAGAAAGUUGGAGGGAAGUUGAAGAAGGUUGGGAAGAACUUGACGUUGGAGGAGAAGGAGAAGGCUCCAAGGAAGAGGAAAGCUGCAGAGAUGGAGGCGGAUGGCAAGGAGGCAGAUGGAGCUACGAAGCCAGAAGAGGGAUUAUCGACCAAGCCAGAGGGUGCGCCAGGUGGAGAAGCUGCGGCCUCUGUCCCCUCGAUUGAAGAGCCUUCGAAACCCGACGAGACUUCGGAACAACCUGCAGAAGAGCAACCUUCUCUCAAAGACACUGAAAUUCCAGAUUCCGAAGAAUCGUCCGAACCUACAAAGCCAGACAAAUCUGCGCCCCCGAAACCCGAAGCUCCCGAAAUCGUCGAAGAAGCGCCGCCGAUUGUAACUCCUGCUCCUCUUCCUGGACCACCAAGGUCUUCAUUUCUCGCUCCACCUGCAGGCUUGCCCUUGACUGCUCCGCCUCCCCCACCUCCAAAGAACCAAAAUCCAUUCGUUUUAGCACCCCCGAGCCUCGAUGGAUCUGCUCCUCUCCCUGGAUUCGGAUUUAAUCUCCAACGACCUCCAUUAAUGCCACCCCAGCCGACAGGCUUUGCAAUCAACUCUCCCCCACAGCUGAAUCUCCCUCCACCUCCCCCAGCCAUCGAGCAUGAAGGCCGUAAUUACAUUAUUCUACAGAACUUCGACGAAACAGCAAUCAAAGACAAGGACGUCCAAACACAAAUCCUCUUCGGCCGGAAAUUCAGCAAAGUCAGAAAAUCCAAGAACUCCCACGAACUCUGCGCCAUCACGGGAUAUCCCGCCAAGUACAGAGAUCCUUCUACGGGCCUGCCUUACUGCAAUUCUUAUGCUUACAAAGAGAUUCAGAGGCUGAAGAAGGGCGAGUAUAAGUGGAGCAAGUUGGUGGGCGCGUAUAUGGGACAGGGGACUUAUGCUGCGAGGGGAGUGCCGCCGAGGUUUUUGAAUAAACCUGCUCCACAGCCAGCUGCAGCCGCGACGACUCAGCCGGCGAAGUAGAGAGUAAUAUGAUGAUUGUAUGAUUGUAUGAACGGAUUGAGUGUAUAUCAUUACAUGACGGCUUUGGAGCGCAGCAUGGCCAAGAAUUCAAUUGUACAGAUUGCAAGCACUUUCCAUCCUUUUUCUUGUGUUUUGAGCUUUCGUCUUUUAGACUCGAUAGAGAGACCUCUCUGUCAAGCCAUCGAACGCCGAGAAUAGAAGUCUCUCCCCCAGGGUCAGAAUCAGCGCAAAGAUGCUGGCCGC